AUGGCGGAAGCAGCGCCAUAUCGGCCGCAAGACCGCCACGAGGUUGGCGAGAUGCUCCGUGGCCUCGAGGCAAACAAAGGACGAGGAAAGGGCAAGGGCGGCUUCUCGUGCAAGAAGAACACUUUCGAUGUCGAUGGAUCCGACAUCAAGGUCGACUCGUGGAAGAUGCAAGACUGGGACUACAAGAAGUCCAAUCUCCCAACUUACGCCCGAGGCCUCUUCACUACCACGGACCGAAAAGGGCACCCUGAGAUUGUGAUCAGAGGCUACGACAAGUUCUUCAAUCACGGUGAAGUUCGCGAGACUGAGUGGGAGAAUGUUGAAGCCAACAUUCGGGGGCCUUAUGAACUGAGUGUGAAGGAGAAUGGCUGCAUCAUCUUCUUGGGCGGCCUCGAGGACGGGACUCUUUUGGUCUGCAGCAAACACUCGACAGGAUCGCGAGGUGAUACUGAAGUCAGCCAUGCUAAAGCAGGUGAGAAGUGGGUGGAGCGGCAUCUUGCCAGUGUGGAGAGGACAAAGGAACAGCUCGCAGCACGACUGAGAGAGAUGAACGCUACUGCAGUGGCCGAACUAUGCGACGACGAGUUUGAGGAGCAUGUACUCGCGUACACUCCCGAGACUGCUGGACUGUAUCUUCACGGCAUCAAUCUCAACUUACCUGAAUUCGCCACCUACCCACACAACCUCGUCGAUCGCUUCGCGGAAGAAUGGGGCUUCAAGAAGACCACAUACAUCACAGAAGAGGGCAUCCACAACGUCAAAGGCUUCCUCGACCGGAUCGCAGAGACUGGUAACUACGAUGGACGUGAUACGGAAGGUUUCGUCAUCCGCUGCCAGUCGAAGGCGAACACUGGUGUCUGGCACGAUUGGUUCUUCAAGUACAAGUUCGACGAACCCUACUUGAUGUACCGCCAGUGGCGUGAGUGCACCAAGGCUGUCAUCGCAGGCCGCGAGCCAAAGUACAAAAAGCACAAGAAGAUCACCGAGGAGUAUCUCACAUUCGCCCGUAGACAGCUUCAUGCGAAUCCUACUCUGGCCAAGGCCUACAACGCCAACCACGGUAUCAUCAAGAUGCGGGACGACUUCCUCGCUUCUGUCGGCCUCAAGGGUUCGGAUAUCAUCAGACAAGAGGAACAGGACGGUGAGGUCUCGAACGAUGCUGUCGCCCGCGACAUCGUCCUGGUGCCUGCUGCUACAAUCGGAUGUGGCAAAACAACAGUGGCUUUGGCACUGUGCAAGCUCUUCGGCUGGGGCCACGUUCAGAACGACAACAUCACGGUUCGAAAGGGCAAGCCACUCGCAUUUGCGCACGCUUGUACCCAAAGCCUAGCCGAGCACCCUGCAAUGGUUGCUGAUCGCAACAACCAUCAGCGGCGCGAGCGACAGCAGCUCAUUCAGGAUGUCUCAAAGGUCGUACCGAACGCUCGCUUCGUUGCUCUCCACUUCGUACAUGACCGCGACAACUACGAUAACAUUCGCAAUGCUCUGCGACAUCGAGUACUCAGCCGAGGCGACAACCACCAGACUAUUCACACCAGCAAAGGCUCAGAGGAAAUCAUCGGUAUCAUGGAAGGCUUCAUGGGCCGCUUCGAACCUGUCAACCCUGAGGCUUCGCCAGACGAUGGCUUUGACUUGAUCAUUGACCUGGAUCCCACCUCGAGUUCGAGAGCCAACCUGGAGACGGUAGUCACCCGCCUGUACACCGAGUAUCCCAAGCUCUUUGGCGAUCAAGAGAUGCCUGGCCCCGACGAUAUGGACGCUGCGAUUGAGGCUGCCAUGAACGACUAUCAGGUCGACAUCAAGCACGAGAUCAAGGGUCGCGAUGAUCGAAACAAGGUCAACAAGCACGGAAAUAGUUUCAAGGCACAACCGAACGGUACAGCAAAGCCCAAGGAGCGCAAGCUCGAAUACUUUGCUGUGCAAGUUCCUCCUUCGCAGGUCACAUCCAUCCUCGACUCCAUGUUUCGUGAGGUAUCUCCCGAUAUCGCAAGGAUGUACAACACCCUCAAGGCUCAACGUCGAGUCCAGGCCGAAUUCCACGUCACCCUCAUCCACCGCGCUACUUCGAACCAGUAUCCCGACCAGUGGGCGCAUCUCUCCGACUUGUAUGCCAAGGCAUCAGCAGCAACCCCUGAGCGGGACUAUGUCCUUCCAGAUCCCAAGCUCGGCAUGUGCAAGGUCCGUCUCGAGCGCUUGAUCUGGGACAACCGUAUCAUGGCAUUCUUGGUGCGGUUGAGUCCAUUCGAUGCACAAGGCGAGCAGUUCACUACUGUCAACAAGAUGGCCCACAUCACGGUCGGAACUGCCUCGCCGGAUGUCAAGCCCAAGGAGUCGAACGAUCUACUAGCUCGUUGGCUUCAAGAGGGCAGCGGCGCGAAUGAUAUCAACGAGUUGGCUAUCAAGGGUACGGUUGAGCUGGACGGCACGGUGAAGGGUGUUUUGGGCAGGUAG